CGGCGGAUUCGGGCCGAACUCUUCAUGACCAGCACUACCACCAGCUUUCGUGUCGGGGAAUUUGUCGUUGCCUGUAUUCUGCUCUGGCUCUCAUGGAAAUUUCUGCGUCUUUACCUGUUCUUUUAUCCGCGAGAUCAGCAUUCGCUGCGCUCGGUAGCGAUUCUCGUCCUUGGAGAUAUUGGACGCAGUCCUAGGAUGAUGUAUCACGCUGAGAGCUUUGUAGAGAACGGCUUCGAAACGAAUAUCAUCGGGUACUCAGGCUCAACGCCGAUACCUUCUCUGCAGCGCCUUGCGGUCGAUUUUCGAUACCUUCCUCAACUGCCCACUUAUUUCCGACGCCUGCCCUUCAUAUUCCUCGCUCCAAUAAAGAUACUCCUUCAGGUUGCUUCCGUUCUACUCGAGCUUCUCGUGCGCAUCCCCAAACCACCAGAAUUCAUCCUUGUACAGAAUCCUCCAAGUAUACCUACCCUUGCAAUUGUAUACCUUGUUGGACGAAUACGCGGAUGCAAAGUCAUCAUUGACUGGCAUAAUUUGGGCUAUAGUAUCUUGGCAAUCAAACUGGGACCCGAUCAUUUAUUCGUCAAGAUCGCCAAAUGGGUAGAGGCCACAUUUGGGAGGAGCGCGUAUGCCCACCUCUUUGUGACGCAGGCCAUGUGCGAUUUCUUAGUGAAAGAAUGGGAUCUCCAAGGCCACAAGGUGGUAUUGCAUGACAGGCCUCCGCGUCAUUUUCAUCGCUGCUCACCGCAAGAAGUGCAUGAUCUAUUCGUCAAACUAAGACCAUCAAUAACCGCGCCAAAAUCGCUCACCGGCUGGCUACCGUCAUCAUCUAUGCCUUAUUCUACACCAUUUACAGAUACGACUCCCCAAAUAAGAACACUUCCAGAAAAACCCAUCGAUGUCUCACUGCCGUCUCUGACAUCCGGGGUACCUUUCAAGUCGAAGGCCUUGAAACCUUUCCACGCUACCAUACGUACGCCCACAGAGUCCUUUGAUGCGCCCAGAUACUCCGAGAUACACUCGCCCCGCCUUCGCCGAGACCGACCUGCAGUGGUAGUCUCCAGCACCUCUUGGACACCUGAUGAAGAUUUUAGCAUACUCCGCGAAGCCUUGAAAAUAUAUGAAACCAGGGCCAAAGAACUGAAUUGUGGAGGAUCGAAGGUAUUACCGAAACUUCUGGUGGUCGUCACAGGAAAGGGAGAACUUCGCGAAGGGUACAUGCAAAGUAUGGAAAAGCUACAGCGAGGAUGGGAAUGGGUGCGAUGCGUCAGCUUAUGGCUGGAACCAGAGGAUUAUCCCCUACUUCUGGGUUCUGCGGAUCUCGGUGUCUCCCUGCACUCCAGUUCCUCCGCUCUUGAUUUGCCUAUGAAAAUCGUUGACAUGUUCGGCUGCGGUCUGCCUGUCUGCGCGCUGAAAUUUAAGUGUUUGGACGAGCUCGUCAAGGAGGGCAUAAAUGGGCUGGUAUUUGAAGACCCUGCGCAGUUGGCUCAACAACUGGAGUCUCUUCUUACAAACUUUCCGUCCUCAACGAAGUUAUCUUCCUUAUUACAGAAGACAUCAAAACACUCGACAUCGUACAUACAUGCGCCUCAUGAUCAUGCAGAACAAGUCAGCAACGUUGAAUGGGAGUGGAGCUCGUGGGAUGAGAAUUGGGGCCGUGUGAUGAGGCCGCUUAUCCUGCGCGAUUUACAACGUUGAGUUGCCAGAAGAUGUACACAUAACAAUGUCAUCUGAGUCUACCUAAAAAGAUACAAUUCUCUAAG